GGAUUAAGACUACGUGAGUAGUGCCUACGUGAGUAUCUGACGGCAACACGCGGUUCUAGAUUCAUAGUAAACCAAUCAGUCAAAUCUAAAAGUAGACAUUACGUGGCAAGGACACAGACAAAAGCGGAAGAAGUUUGAAGUCGAAGUGUUACGCACACAUGGACAUGGAUACUUGUGCCAUAUCUGCCUUUCUUCUGUUUUCGUUGCGAUUGCUGAGCUCAGUGCAGGCGUGUGGUGUUGAGAUCGACGUAGAAAAGAAGAGAGAGUUGUGCUUGUCUCGAGUGGAGAAUGUCACUUCAGGUUGCCUGGGGUCGUGGGACACGAUUGCCUGUUGGCCAUCAGCUCGUGUAGAAGAGGUGGUCACUAUACCCUGCCCAGAUUAUUUCAGCUUUGUGUCUGGCCACCCCAAAGGAAAUAUAUCAAGGAACUGCACCUCGGAAGGCUGGACAGAGAUCAACGCUUUGGCCAUUGCUCAGACGUGUGGUUACAACCCCAACAGCACCUUCAGUGAUGAAGUGGUGAGUCUGGGCAAUUUCUACUCAUCAGUGAGGAUUGGCUACACCAUCGGUCAUAUAGUCUCCCUAAUAUCCCUGACUGCGGCCAUAGUCAUACUGUGCAUCUUUAGGAAACUACAUUGCACGAGAAACUACAUCCACAUCAACCUGUUUAUGUCCUUCAUACUAAAGGCUGUCGCAGUGCUUGUUAAGGAUGUGGUUCUGUUUGAUGACCAGGAGUGUCCCUCUGAAUCAGUGGGGUGUAGGGCUGCAGUGGUGUUCUUCCAGUAUGGAGUCAUGGCCAGUUACUUUUGGUUACUGGUGGAAGUACUGUAUCUUCAUGCCCUUCUAGCGGUGUCGUUCUUCUCCGAGAGAAAAUACUUCUGGUGGUACAUUCUCAUUGGCUGGGGAGUUCCUGCAGUGUUCAUCAUGGCGUGGAGCAUCACAAUGGCUCACCAGACUGAUGUUGGAUGCUGGGAUUUGAUUGAUGACCAUCUUUGGCUGAUCAUCCGAGUACCCAUCAUAUUUACUAUACUGGUAACUUUCAUUCUCUUCAUCUGUAUCAUACGGAUACUUCGGCAGAAGAUCAAUUGCAGAGAUAUCGGACGACAUGAGUCCAACCAAUACUUGAGGUUGGCUAAAUCAACAUUGCUGUUGAUUCCUCUGUUUGGGAUUAACUACAUAGUAUUUGCACUCAUUCCUGAAAAUCUAGCCCCUGUUAUUAGGCCUGUGUUCGACCUGGUCUUGGGGUCAUUUCAGGGUUUUGUGGUAGCUGUUCUGUACUGUUUCCUAAAUGGAGAGGUGCAGGCAGAGAUCAAACGCAAAUGGAGGAGAUGGCACAUGCAAAGGUUUCUUGGAAACGGCACCAAGUACCAGUACCAGCAGCCGUCCCUAGGCAGCAAUGGGAACAACAGCACCCAGAUCACCAUGAUGACCAAAUGCAGUCCGACCACGUGGCGAGCUAGCGAAGGCCCGGACGACCUCUCAGCUGUCUGACACCGGGCUCUUGCGACAGGAAACCGCAUGUGGUUGGAGAAGUGCCCCACACGGGCGUAUGGCUUACGCAUCCUCUUCCUCCUCUCUGUAGAGUGUCACUCCCUCCAUCCUGUGUGACAUAUCUGAUUACUGUGGCACACACAAUGACAUUAUCACUAAGUGGGGCAGCAAUGUAAUUUGCAGUGCAAGCAAGGUGCAUUGUGUCAGAGGGUAUGCCAUGUACGACACUGUGACACCAGCACACCAGCUCUCAGCCAUUUCCAUUCAGGGCCAUCAUGUGCCCCUGUGAACUGUACGUAUAGCUGAGAAUUUAGAGAGGGGAUUUAACAUGAUUAUCACAAACAUGAAAAACAGUGGUGUUUUCCACAGUUAGGGAUUAACUGUUAGCCUGUCUGAUACCAGACCGAUUUUCUAAUCUUAAUUGAUAAUCAGUCUGGGGACCCUUCAUUCACUUCCGAAUUCCUAGGGCCAUAACCAGCAGUGAAAUUAAGUUGGUACAUUAAACUCUUAUGUGUUUGCUGUACAUUUUUCUUGUAAAUGAAGGUUAAUUUAAAUACAGUUGUUUAUUUCCAAAUUCCAAAGAAAAUACAUGUCAGUAUUGUUUAACACUGACACCAUUGCUGCAGCCACUGGUUUUGUUGAACAGUGCUGCUGACUGUGUCAUAAAGCCCGCCCCUCUGUCUGUCAUAAAGCCCGCCCCAUACCGGAUAAGUGGUUGCUUUGUUUUUGGUCUUUUGGAAAUCAGCUUCAAUGGAAAUACAGACCUGACCGAGUUUGUCUGGGUUCACUAGAACUAGACUAAUUAAACGUCUAAAAAGAGAUUGUAAGCUGAGCACACCAUUGAUCAAUUCUACACACACAGACCGGUUGACAAUGAGUAAGAAAUGCUGUCUGUUCAAAUUAUUACAGGAUUUAGCUACCACAGAUGCCUUCCGGUUGAACACCUCUGGUUAAUCUUUUUCUCCAUAAUGUGGUCAUUGGAGAUGAGUUGAUUAGUCAGUGCUAAUAGAAAUGUCAAGUACAAUGGUAGUACUAUUUUAGGCAUCGCUUCACCUAUUUUGUAUGUGUAAAUAACAUGUAAAUGCCACAAAUAGACCCGUACAUUCUUAGGUUUCAUGGCCAGCUCCACCCUGUAACCAAAUGUGAAUUAGCAGAUGUAUGUUUGUCCCACAGACUUACGCGAUGUGGUUGUAUUUGUUUGUAUGGUUGUUUGUAUGAAUUUGGACUGUUCUGUGUAGGCCUACAACUUUAUAGUGCAUGAACAUGUGUAUAUAGUUAUUGGUGGCGCAGAUUGCAGAAUGUGGAUUGUACAAUAAUAGUGUUUUAUAGAUCUAGACUCUGUCAAUUCACUUGCUGUGUGAUAGAUGUGAUAAUGUGUGAUGUAAUUUCUCUCGCUUGUUUGUCAUCAAUUGCUGUGGUUAAGAUGAAGCUAAAAAAUAAUGUGGGUGUCCAUGAUCUGUAUUUUCUAUCAUAGAGUAAUGAUGUGUACACGUGGGUGCAUCCAUGCACAUAAAAAAAACCUUAUACCUCAUAAGUCAAUAUGUACAGUAUUUUCCAUAAUGGAAAUUAGGAAAGUUAGUCAAUAGAUGCACACAUUACACAUUCCUUCUGUGAUGUAAAUGGCAUGUAAAUAUUUUGGUAGUUGAAAUGUGCACCAAAUACAUAUGUAAUGCAGAAUACACUGUUUAAAGACCCUCCUUUAUUUUCA